CACAAACCCAAAACCCUAGUUUAUUCGGCGGCCAUUGUUCUUCGUUCGAAGAUUUAUUUAACGGAUUUCCUGAGCGAUCUUCAUCGGAUCACUCCAGGAGGAGCAGGUGAUGGCUCCACAACAGCCAAAGAGUGGCCUCUUUGUGGGGUUGAAUAAAGGGCAUACUGUAACCAAGAAGGAAUUGGCACCACGUCCAUCUGACAGAAAAGGAAAAACAAGCAAGAGAGUACACUUCGUCAAGAGCCUUAUCAGAGAAGUUGCUGGAUUUGCUCCUUAUGAAAAGAGAAUUACUGAGCUUCUCAAAGUUGGGAAAGACAAGCGUGCAUUGAAGGUAGCAAAGAAAAAGCUUGGCACUCACAAAAGGGCAAAGAAGAAGCGUGAGGAAAUGUCAAGUGUCCUCCGCAAGAUGAGGUCUGCUGGAGUUGGUGAUAAGAAGAAGUAAGCAUUGAGUGUAUAUCAGUUGUGCUAAUGACUUGCACAAGUAGGAGUUUCAUUUUCACUUUUGGAUGGACGCUGAGUAGUUAGAAUCGUUUGUUUAGUUUUUUUUGCCAUUGUUUUGAAUUGGAGAUUGAAAUUUUGCCAUUCUUUUCCUACGGCCCUCAUUGAGACUGAUUAUGGCCUCGAAGAAGAUUUUCCAUGCGUAAUUUGAUUCAGAUUUUAAAAUUAUAGUGACAGCAAUUAUAGGCUCAGGCAUGUUAAUUCUAA